GGUCCCUCCAUUCGCAUGCUAUCACCUACAAGUACAACCACCACAUAUCGGAGGUGUUCCAUCACUCUGACCUGCUCCCGUAUCGCAAUUACUCUGCUAUAAAUAUAAACACAACAUAUCAUCUCAACGUGUUCACGUCACUGUUGCUUGUAAUAAUUUUGAGAAGAUGGAGUCCGUCGAAUCAGCAGCCAACCUUCGUUCACAAUUCCAUGAAGUUCUUCGUAGUCGCCGUUCUCCUAUAGUUUCGACACUAUGUGCACUUCAGACGCUAUCUGCAGAACCCGUGGUGGAACCCUUAUUUCAGGGAAUACCUGUUGACUUUGAGGUAAUGAGAUCCUACCCGAAAGCACGCAUUAACGUCGAGGAACAACUCAAUGAAGAAAACUUUUACUUACCCACUGAGGAAGGAGAGCAAGGGCGUCUGCCUGUGCUCAUUUUGAGCAUGAAAGAAUGCACACAAUCAAAAAGACCAGCUGUUGUUUUUGUACAUCCAUCAAAUGCAAACAAAGAGUGGCUACGCCCUUCACUUGAGGAUUAUGCUUCACGUGGAUAUAUUGCAGUUGCCAUUGAUUCUCGUUACCAUGGAGAACGUGCCAAAACCCCCACCGCCUAUCAAGAUGCUCUUGUUUCAGCAUGGAAAAGAGGUGACAUAAUGCCAUUUAUAUAUGACACGGUGUGGGACCUUUUAAAGUUGGCAGAUUAUCUAACCACAAGAGAUGAUAUAGACCAUUCCAAGAUAGGAAUCACUGGGAAUUCACUUGGAGGAAUGCAUGCAUGGUUUGCUGCUUUUGUGGAUACACGCUAUUCAGUGGUUGUCCCUAUAAUUGCUGUUCAGGGAUUUCGGUGGGCCAUAGAUAAUGAUCAAUGGCAUGCUCGAGUUGACAGUAUUAAGCCUGUGUUUGAAGAAGCAAGGAUUGAUUUAGGGAAGGAAACUAUUGACAAAGAGGUUGUGGAAAAGGUUUGGAACAGAAUAGCUCCUGGUUUAGCAUCUGAGUUUGACUCACCUUAUACGGUGCCAAUCAUUGCACCACGCCCUUUGUUGAUUAUAAACGGUGAAGACGAUCCCCGUUGCCCAGUGGAAGGUAUUGAUGUUACCAUAUCAAAAACACGGAAGGCUUUCGAAGAUGCCCAAUGUUUCAAUCAUUUCAAGGUGAUAAUUGAAGCAGGAAUUGGACAUGAUGUGACAUCAUCAAUGCUUAAAGAAGCGAGUGAUUGGUUUGACAACUUUCUCAAACCAUAGAAAUUUCUCCUGCAUAGCUAUGUAUCUUAUGCUUGACUGAAUAUUAAUGUAUAUUGGAAAAGUUUAUGUAUAUCACCUAAAUAAAGCUUUGACAUUGUUAUUUGUAUUAAACACAUGAGAAAGCCUUCCAAUAAAUGAAACUUAUUCCAAAUUCGAUUAGGCA